AUGGAGAAGAUCACCGAUAAGAUCGCGGCUUUACCGCCCGAUGCCAACUACUUUUCGUUGGAGUUCUUCCCUCCCAAGACGCAGAUGGGUUUCGCCAACCUGCAAGCCCGUCUGGAGCGCAUGGCCCAGGCACUGCGACCGCUGUUCGUCACCGUCACCUGGGGAGCUGGAGGAAGUACCGCCAAGAGAUCGCUGGAGUUGGCUGAGAUCUGUCAGCGCCAGUUGCAACUGACGACCUGUCUCCAUCUAACCUGCACCAAUAUGAGUCGUGCCUUGGUUGAUCAUGCCCUUGAGGAGGCCAAGGUUCUGGGUAUACGCAACAUCCUAGCUCUGCGCGGGGAUCCCCCCCGCAGUGAAGAGUACAACAUGCACGGUGAGGAUGACAGCAACAAGGACUUCACCUUCGCCGUCGACCUGGUGCGAUACAUUCGCCAGCAGCAUGGCGACUACUUCUGCAUCGGUGUCGCCGCCUACCCUGAGGGUCACCCCGCGGAUUCCUUCCAGGACGUCCAGGACCCCGAGCGAGACCUGCCCUACCUGGUCGAAAAGACCCAGGCGGGCGCCGACUUUAUCAUGACGCAGCUGACCUACAACCUGGACGCCUAUACGAAAUUCGAGAAACGCCUUCGAUCCCACGAGUCGGGUGCCUUCCAGACCAUCCCCAUUCUGCCGGGCUUGAUGCCCAUCCACAGCUACAAGAUCCUCACCCGCGUCACCAAGCUCAGCCAUGUCCAAAUCCCGCCCCCGAUGCUGGAUCAACUCGACCGCGUCCGAUACGAUGAUGACGCCGUCAAGCGCAUGGGCGUUGACAUCGUCUCCGACCUUGUGGGCGGCAUCCGGGACAUCUCCUACCCGGGGCCACGCGGAUUCCACUUCUACACACUGAACCUGGAGAAGACGGUCUCCUUCAUCCUAGAGCGCUGCGACCUCAUCCCCCCGUUAUCGGAGGACGACGACGACGAGGCGGCGCUCGUCGACGGUGGCCAUCUGUCCGCGGUCGACUCGUCCACCUACGUGGCACCGAACGGGAUGCCCAACCAGUCUCUGACCCGGCGACGAGCCGAGUCCAUCAACUCCUUGCCGCAUAACCGCGUCAUCGUUGACAAGGUGCAGGCCGCCGAGUCAUCCUCCAAGGACUCUGUCUCGCACGAAGCCCCCGCCACCAGUGCCGGCAUGCCGGCCCUGCCACCCGACCGCACGACCACCCUGCAGAUCUCCGAAGGACUGGGCGCCCUGGGCCGCGAGGCGACCUGGGACGACUUCCCCAACGGCCGAUGGGGUGAUGCACGCUCACCCGCCUUCGGCGAGAUCGACGGCUACGGGCCCUCGCUGCACGUCCCACCCCCGGUCGGCCAUCGCAUCUGGGGCUUCCCCGUGUCGCGCGAGGAUGUCAGUACGCUAUUCCGCCGCCAUCUUCAAGGCGAACUGCACAUCGUCCCGUGGUCUGAGGGCGGCACCGAGGAAGGAGCCAGCGGCCUGAGCGCGGAAACCGACAUCAUCCGGCCCGAGCUCCUCCAGCUCAUCGACCGCCACGGCUGGUGGACGCUGGCCUCGCAGCCCGCGGUCAAUGGCGUCCGCAGCGACGACCGCGUUUUCGGCUGGGGUCCGCCCGGCGAGGGUUUCGUCUUCCAGAAACCGUUUGUCGAGUUCUUCUGCCCGUCCUCCGACUACCGUUCGGUACUGAAGCCGCUCCUCACGCACCACGGGCAUGAGAAGCUAGCCUGGUUCGCGACCAAUGUGCACGGCGACUUCGAGACCUCGAUGCCCGGGCCCACCUCGGACGCUGAUCCGCUGGAGAUGAACCCGGCCAACGUCAACGCGGUCACUUGGGGCGUCUUCCGCGGCAAGGAGAUCGUCUCCCCGACCAUCAUCGAGGAGGUCAGCUUCCGCGCCUGGGGCGACGAGGCCUUCCGUAUCUGGGAUGAGUGGCGUCGCAUCUAUCCGCGCGGCUCUGCCUCGGAGCGCUUCCUCGACCAGACCAAGAACGAUGUCUGGCUGGUGUGCGUCGUGGGUCAGGAAUUUGGUGCGGGCACGGAGAUCGGCUCGCAGGAGGAAGAGGACGAGACGAAGUGGAUGUGGAGGGUUCUAGCGAAUAGCAAGUAG